AUGAGUGAGGCCACAGUCCCAGUGAAGACGUCGUUCACUGGUGUCGCCCCAUCUUCUGACGAGAUCAAUGGCGUUUUCCGAUCUAUUGUUGACACAGACAACGCGCAGGCAUCCCUAGAUAACUCGUACACUCUUACCAAUCUGCUUCUUCAGACAGUUGGUAUCAGGGGUCUUCUAGCCAACGAUCUGAUCCCACAAAUCAAGAAAGCCGCUACCGACAAGAAGAAUGGCUCAAAACGGGAGAGCGCAAUGUUCAUCCUUGGUGCCAUGUUCGAACGUUUCCCACGAGAACAACCUCUAUCUGAAGUCGUCUUUCUGGUGCAGAACGGCGGAUUACUGAACCUAGUACUGGACUGUCUUGCAGACAAGGGUCCCUCCGUGCGCGAAUCUGCACAAUACGCAGUGGACGAAUUAUUCAAGAACCUCUCUCCUGAAGCGAAAGUAAUAGGAUUGCUCCCAUGCCUCACAUCCUACCUCUCGAAACCAACAGGAAAAUGGCAGGGCACUGUUGGCGCGCAUAAUCUGCUAGGCAAAAUGGCAGACAGCGCUCAAUUAGGUACUGGCUCGAAAGAGGAGGAACAGGCCAAGGACGUACUGCGAGAAUCCAUGGGCAGAACCUUGAAGGAGCUGAUACCCAUAGUGGAAGGUGGUAUGCACGAUCUGAAGGCCGAAGUGGGAAAGGCUGCGCAGAAGACCAUGCUUUCACUCACAACUCUACUGCAGAAUGACGACGUUGCACCCAGGAUACCAAUGAUCAUGGAUUUUAUGAAGAACCCCUCAGACACAUCGUUGCAAAAGGCCAUUCAUGGUUUGUCUCAGACUACUUUCGUAGCUGAGGUCACCUCUCCUGUAUUGGCACUACUCACACCCAUCCUUGAGCGAUCCCUCAACACCCCAACGACAUCGCAGGAAGUUCUGCGACAGACAGUAGUUGUCUGCGAGAAUCUUACCAAACUCGUUCACGAUCCGGCCGAGGCAAGAGUCUUUCUGCCGAAACUUCAACCUGGUGUCAAGAAGGUCAAAGACCGGGCCUCUCUACCGGAGGUCAGAGAACUGGCAACAAGAGCAGUGGACACCAUGCUGAAGGCUAUGGGUGAAGAUGCCGAUCCAGCUACAAAGAGACAAAUCCAGAAGACUACAACCGAAGAUGUCUUGAAAAUCCUCGAGAAGGAGGUUCGAGCCAAAGGAGGCUUCUCGAAGGAAGAUGCUGCGUUAUGGAAAGACGGUCAGACUUACAUCUCCAACCUGGUGCGUGAAGACGUCAACGUGCGUGUAUUCAGCAGAAUACCUGCUCAUGUGGGCCCUUAUCUUCGCUACAUUCUUCCAGAGGACUCAUGCAAAGCUGUUGCCGAUGGUGUGCAGAAGUACUUCUUGGACGAAGACCACAAGAGAUACGGCGCUCCAGUCCAGAGCAACGGCGACGAGGUCGUAGUGGUUGAUGCCGAUUUCUCUCUUGGUUAUGGUGGCAUGCUUCUACUAUCCCAUACCAAUCUCAGACUCAUCAAAGGACACAGGUACGGUCUUUGUGGUCGUAACGGUGCUGGUAAAUCUACUUUGAUGAGAUCGAUUGCCGAGGGCAAGCUCGAAGGCUUCCCCUCCAAAGAUGUGCUCAAGACAUGUUUUGUUGAGCACAAUCAAGGUGAAGAUGCAGAUAUUACAAUCCUCGACUACUGUAUGAAGGACCCUGAGAUCAUGAACGAGGGACAGGAGCGCAUAUCUCAAGUUUUGGCUGAGGUUGGUUUCACAGCUGGUCCAGAGGGACGGCAAUCACACAAAGUCGGCUCCCUGUCUGGCGGCUGGAAGAUGAAGCUCGCUCUUGCCCGUGCCAUGUUGAUGAGGGCCGAUGUCUUUCUGCUCGACGAGCCAACUAACCAUCUAGACGUUGCGAAUAUUGCCUGGCUGGAAAAUUACCUCAAAACCCACCUCGAAAUUACCUCUCUCAUCGUAUCUCACGACUCUGCCUUCCUUGACGAUGUAUGCACAGACAUCUAUCACUACGAGCAGAAAAAGCUGGCCCAUUAUCGUGGCAACCUAGCUGACUUUGUCAAAGUCAAGCCAGAAGCAAGAGCAUAUUACACGCUCUCAGCCUCACAGGUUCAAUUUAAGUUUCCUCCACCAGGGAUAUUGUCUGGAGUUAAGUCGGCUACACGAUCGAUUCUUAGGAUGACAAAUUGUUCUUUCACAUACCCUGGGAGCAGCAAGCCCUCUCUCGCAGAUGUCUCGUGCCAGCUUUCACUCAACUCGCGUGUUGCCAUCAUCGGAGCUAACGGUGCAGGCAAAUCUACCCUCAUCAAGCUCCUUACUGGCGAGACUAUCCCUCAGAUUGGUAAAGUCGAAAAGCAUCCUAACCUGCGAAUUGGCUAUAUCAAGCAGCACGCUCUCGAACACGUCGAGAUGCACAUGGAGAAGACACCCAACCAAUACCUACAGUGGCGUUAUGCAAACGGUGACGACAGAGAAGUUCUCAUGAAGCAGACUCGUAUCUACACCGACGAAGAGCGUGCACAAAUGGAGAAAUGGAUCGACCUAGGCGACGGAAAAGGUGCCCGUCAGCUCGAAGCCCUCAUCGGCCGACAAAAGCACAAAAAGGACUUCAAAUACGAAGUCAAAUGGCGCAACAUGCUACCCAAGAUGAACACCAUGGUCUCCCGAGAAACCCUUACAGAAUGGGGCUUCGUCAAACUCAUCCAAGAAUUCGACGACCACGAAGCCUCUCGCGAAGGCCUAGGCUACCGCAUCCUCGAACCAAAAGUCAUCUCCAAACACUUUGAAGACGUCGGACUCGACCCCGAAAUCGCAAACCACAACGAAAUCUCCGGCCUCUCGGGCGGCCAGAAAGUCAAAGUCGUCCUCGCAGGCGCCAUGUGGAAUAACCCGCAUCUCCUCGUCCUCGACGAACCAACCAACUUCCUCGACCGUGAUUCUCUCGGUGGCCUCGCCGUCGCCAUCCGCGACUACAAGGGCGGCGUCGUCAUGAUCUCGCACAACGAAGAAUUCGUCGGCGCGCUUUGCCCCGAACAAUGGCACAUUGCGGACGGCAAGUUGACUCACAAGGGUCAUCUGGCUGUUGACAUGGGCAGGUUCGAGGACAGUAGACCCGGAUCGAGUAACGUGAGCUCUGUGGUCAGUAGUGCGUCUGCUUCGGCGGUCAACUCGGGCGUGGAGGAUAACAGUGAGAUGAAGUUUCGAGCGAAGAAGAAGAAGAAGAUGACGAGGGCGCAGUUGAAGGAGAGGGAGGUGAGGAGACGGUUGAGGCAUAUUGAGUGGUUGAAUAGUCCGAAGGGGACGCCGAAGUUUCCGGAUACGGAUGACGAAGAGUAA